UCCCAGCCGCUCGCCUUCGACCAGCAACCAUUUAUAGCCUGGCGGUGACAAACAAUCUUAUUAUGAGAUUUAAACUUUGCCUCUGCCAGUCUGAAGGAUCAACAUGCGCUCCCCUCCCCUCGCACCUUUUCCUCGAUGUUUCCCCAACCGGUACUGUAAUAUCUGCCUACCUACACGCCUCCCCGUGGCAGCGGUUAAACGCCGGUGUCAGCUCUCGGUGUAAUAGAAAGACCCGAGCAGGGCUCCGGGUCUCUUCAGAAUAACACGAAGGCGAGCGACGAGAGGAGCUCAGCGCAGAAUUAAAUCAGUCACCGCUUAAUGGAUCUCUGAGACUCGCGCCACGCAGACAGUCGCAGCCGAGUCUUCCUCAAGCCGAAAAGAGAAUCUGGAUCUUUUUAUUUUUGUUAUUUAUUUUUUUGGUCUAGUUUGUUUAUUAAUUAUUUCAAAUAGUUGCUUUUAUUCUUUAACGCCGUAAACAUUUCCAUGCUCUUUGAAAAUGCAUUGCGUUCGUGGUGAGAUACAGUGAGAUCCGCCGCUCAGUCUCGGGACGAAGGUGCUCUGCUAUCGCUCGGCAGAACUGAACGAGAGAAAUCAGGAAAGAUCUGACCUCCUGGAGGCUAUCAGGGAUGUGUUCUCUAACUGAGGAAUCCAGCCCUGAUUCCAGCAGCUAUUCAUCUGUGCGCAUGAGAGAGACAGAUAAAGGAGAGAACUGUCAGAAUCACCAAGAUGAGACGGUUUAAUGAUGGUAGCCUCUGAGGACAAAAGCUCAACACAAGCUGAGGUGGUGAAGUCUCCUUUUGAACAUCGCCUCAACUUUGCCACAUGCAUAUCUCGAUGAAAAACUGAAAGAAGAUAGCCAAUUUUUUUUUUUCUGAUUGGUACAUGGGGACAAUAUGCAUCGUCACAUAUCCAUCAAUAAAAACAAGACAAGUAAUAGUAAUUAUUUCAGCUCUGAGAACAGUUGAACAUCCUGCUGAUUCCCUAACAGGAUCACACCAAGGUACUGACACUGCUGUAAGAUUGAGCCCUUUUGUUCUUUUUGGCUCUAUACAUGACUUUCAGAGAAGCACAAAUGGCCUGCAGAUCAGGCAUGGUGAUGAGUGCCUUGUUUUGGUCUGUAACUAUUGUAUGUUUGACUCACAUUGGCAGAGUAAGUGGUGAUUGCUGGUUAAUUGAGGGUGAAAAGGGCUUUGUAUGGCUUGCAAUUUGCAGCCAAAAUCAACCACCUUAUGAGGCCAUCCCACAGCAUAUCAAUAACACCAUUGUUGACCUUCGUCUGAAUGAAAACAAAAUCAAAAGUAUCCAUUAUUCCUCUCUCAGUCGCUUUGCCAACUUGACCUACCUGAACCUGACCAAGAAUGAGAUCUCAUACAUAGAGGAUGGAGCCUUUUCUGCUCAGUUUAACUUGCAAGUUCUCCAAAUGGGCUUCAACAAGUUACGAAACCUGACAGAGGGGAUUCUCCGGGGUCUAGGAAAGCUGCAGUACCUCUACCUCCAGGCGAACUUGAUUGAAACUGUGACACCUAAUGCCUUUUGGGAAUGCCCCAACAUAGAAAACAUUGAUCUCUCCAUGAACCGCAUUCAGCAACUAGAUGGAUCCACAUUCACCAGUCUAAGUAAGCUCACCACCUGUGAGCUGUACACAAACCCUUUCAAUUGCUCGUGCGAGUUGCUGGGAUUUGUGAAUUGGCUUUCAACUUUCCCAAACCGGACAAAUGAGCGGAUGGCCUGUGACUCUCCACGUGGCGUCGCAGGUUACAGCUUAUUGAGCCAGAAACCUAACAACCCCGCGUACCGAAAUGCACUUCACAUGCUAACUACUGUUUGUACUGCUGAAGAAAACGUGACACCAUUUACAACUGUCUCCAUGGAGUCCAUAACGCUACCGCCUGACUCAACACUCUGUGGGCUGGAAGACUGUCCCUCAGGCACAGAACCAGAGGACAUAACCAUCAGUACGACAGAAAAUGAUGUGCAGGGAACCCCUCUGAUGAAAGUGAAGGAAGUAACAAACACAGGUGCCACCAUUACAGUUCAGCUUCCUCAUCCCUACAAGAAGAUGUACAUUCUGGUCCUUUACAACAACAGCUUUUUCACAGUAAUUCAAAACCUCAAAGAAAACAAGGAAGAUAUUGAGCUUAAAAACCUUAAACCCCAUACCAACUACACCUACUGUGUUGCUUCAAUACGCAAUUCUCUUAGACACAACCACACAUGUCUAACAGUCUCCACCGGCCCUUGGAAUGGAAAAGACAGAGUUGUAAACAAUGCAACUGCUACUCACUAUAUUAUGACUAUUUUGGGCUGCCUUUUUAGCAUGGUGAUUUUUCUGGGAAUCGUCUAUUACUGCUUGCGGAGGAAGCGUCAGCAAGAUGAAAAGCAAAGGAAGUCGGUCAGUCUGAAAAAAAAUAUAAUGGAACUCAAGUACGGACAAGAACUAGAAGGCGGGACCAUUUCUCGUAUGUCACAAAAGCAGCUGGUGGCCGGAGAGAGCAUGGCCCGUAUGCCGUACCUACCAUCUGCAAGUGAAAUGGAGCAGUACAAGUUUCAGGAGAUCAGUGACACUCCCAAAAUGAUGAAGGGCAACUACAUGGAUGUCCGGAGCAUGGAUCAUCAUGAGCGCAGGGAGUGUGAUAUGGGAAUGGCGGGGAACAGUCAAGGAUCAGUGGCAGAGAUUUCCACAAUUGCAAAAGAAGUUGAUAAAGUCAAUCAGAUAAUUAAUAACUGUAUAGACGCCCUAAAGUCGGAAUCAACCUCUUUUCAAGGGGUUAAAUCUGGAGCAGUGUCAACAGCCGAGCCCCAACUGUUGCUAAUAUCAGAGCACCCCCAAAGUCAAUCUGGCCUUCUUCCUCCAGUGUAUAAGGACAGCUACCAUCACUCUCUUCAGAGGCAUAGAAGCUCUGAUGUCUCGCCAAAGAGGCCCAGCACUGCCACAGGCGGGCCCAUGCGAAGCCCAAGGCCUUAUCGAUCUGACUCAAAGUACAUAGAGAAAACCUCCCCAACAGGAGAGAGCAUCAUUACAGUAACACCUGCCGCAGCCAUCUUACGGGCUGAGGGAGAUAAAAUCCGCCAAUAUAGUGACCACCGGCAUUCGUAUCCCGAUGCUCAGAUAGAGGAGCUAGAAGGACCUGACAGCCACAAGCUGUUGGAACCCCUCACCCACUCCCGCUCCAGAGACUUGGCCUAUGCCCAGAUGUCCUCUCAGUAUCACAAUCUAAGCUACUCCUCUAGUCCCGAGUACUACUGCAAGCCUUCACACAGCAUCUGGGAGCGAUUCAGACUCCACCGCAAGCGACAUAAAGAUGAAGAGUACAUGGCUGCUGGCCAUGCACUGCGUAAGAAAGUUCAGUUUGCGAAGGAUGAGGACCUGCAUGAUAUUUUAGACUACUGGAAAGGCGUUUCAGCUCAACAUAAAUCAUAAUCCAUCUAGGUGUUUUUAAAAUGGACCCUCUGUUGCUAAAAAGACACAAGAACAUCUUUUGACAUCUGAGUCAAUGGAUACUUCUCUACCAUGAUAAACUAAUUUCUCAUGUAUUACACACUCUUUUGACUGUGAAGAAGAUGAGAUGAGGAUUUGUGAAACUUCUCUUAUUAUCUAAAGCAUUCAUCUGGGAAAAAAUAUAUUGCAAAUUAAUUAUAUAUAUGUUACAAUGGAUAUUAGGUUUUUUUGGGUAUCGCAUGGCCAAGUCCUGUGACAGUGGAUUUGCUGUUGUGUAAUAUGAAACUACUAUAUGAAGAAACUGAAACUUUUAAAUUUUUUGAGGAACUAUCGGGACCCACACAAGCAGAACACUUUUUCUUCCUCCUUGCAUAUAUUUAAUUGAAAACUGUGUACAGAUCUGGGUUUCUAUAUUUGAAAUGUUUGCUGUGUAAAUGGUGAAGUAUUAGUAGAUGAAUCAGGUUUAUCAAACUGUCCACUUUCCAUUUUGAAUACAUUUAUGUUGAAGCCUAACUUUAGCUCCAGAACCGCAAUAAUUCCAGUACUCCUCAGAACUGUCAGAGUUAUCUUCCCUAUUUCUAGGACCCCUCCCCCCCUCCCCCAAAAAAAAAUAGCCAUAAAAAGAUUUCAUUUAAAAAACAGUAUUUUGAUCACUUUUAACAGUUUUAUAAACUGCAGGGAGAAUACCACUUGAACAGCAGAGAAAAGCAAUUUGGACAAUUUGUUAAUUCUACCUUAAAUUAGAUCAGACACAUGUUUUUUAAUCAGUAACUAAAAAAUACUAUUUUUUUUCUCUAAUAUCCUCCAAAGAAAAUGUUUCUGAUGCCAGGCCCAAUAUCUUUGUUGUGUAUUUAUUAAUUUAGCAAAUAAUUAAAGAUGAAUUCCAAAAACAAACAAACAAAAAAUUAUAAAUAAAGCAUUACAAAUGGUGGAGAAGAUUAGAUUAAUUCAGACUACACACAUUCCAAACAGUUAGUUAUUGCAUUCAUAACCCAACAAUAUACUGUAUAGGUCAACAAUUUGUGCUGUAAAACUAAAACAUACACAACGGGUUCAGCACAUAAAUGAUCCAGUCUUUACUAGGUUCUAGAUUUCUCCAAAUCUAAUCUUAAUAGCACAACACCUACAACAGAUUCCUAAAUGUUUAAUCAUUGGUUAAACAAAGCCAACAUAGAUAUGUCUUGUAUUUGUGGUUAGGUUUUCUUGCCACAUGGUGGGUUGUUGCAGAGUUCGGGCUCUUUUAAUUGCAUUAGGCAUUUUGUGGCGUCCCAAAGACCUACACAAUGCAUUCAAGUAUUGUGCAGAGCUCAAAGAGGAAAUUAUGAAUGUGAAACAGGCAUGCAGCCCCAGAAGACGACCCAUGAGCUUCUCUGCAGUGGGUUUAUGCCAGGGAACAUCCAAAUAAACAAUUCAAAGCUCUCCGUAAACAAAGACCGACUUCUUUUCCAUUCAAAUCCUGACAUCCAAUUUUCGAGAGCAGUAACAAAACUUGUUACACCUUUUUACACAUCUUGUUCUCGUUUUAAGCCUUUAAAUAGUAUCAACAAAACUAGUGCCAAUAGCUUAUGGCCAAUAGCAUUUUUUUUCUGCCUGUACUCACACAUGGGAAAUAUGGGAACAGCGUUAUAUUGUCAGUGAGGCAAAUUUAAUGAGAACUGUGUUUUGAUACUGUUUCUGUGGGGUAAAAAUGACUGAUGGGGCAGUUCUUGCUAUAAAAAGGUCAAAUGUGUUCUCUUUCAUGUCACAAUCCCAUAAUGGAUGCAAUGUUAAAGAAAGACAUUUUAGUAAAAGCCAUAAAGUAUUAGACACAGAGGGUUCAAUUUCAGAGUGUUAUACAAAAUUGAGAUUGUGUCAGGAGUUAAAAUUACCUCUUCGCGGUUCUGGUGUUAAAAUACAUUCAAAGCACUUCACCUGUUAUAUUUUUUUAAUGAUUUUUUUUAUUAUAUUUUAGCUUAUUUUUAUUUAUUUAUUUGCUUUUUCAUGAUUCAGACGGAUUCAGUUUUUAAGUUCUCUGAAUCGCAAAGUGCAGUAUUCACUGGUUGGAUCCUGAAAGAGUCCCUGCUGGCAAAAAUGCAGUACAGACCCCGCUGUUGUGAAAGUCUAUGUUUCUGUUCCAUGAACCGCCAUUUCAAUCUUUUGUACCAAAGUAGAGAAGCUAAAAAUGUUUACAAUUUUCCUGCCUAAUCUGGGGAUCAAAUUAGCAUACAGUAGUAGGUCAAUAUACCUUUAUUUCUUUGUUUCUAUAAUCUUUACCCAUAAUAUUAAAAAUUGGGAAACAGGAUUUUGUUUAAAAGUCUGCUAUUAAAUCACUCCAAUGGGAAGGCAGCUGUACAUUGUCAUUAUCUAGGUAGACAGAAAGCUGCCCUGCAGGGGAGCCCGAUAGAUGAAUGUAACAGAUACAUAUUCUGAUCUGUCUAUGGCAGCUUUCUCCAUGUAUUUUCAAGAGGAUUUUUAAAUCAUGCUAUUGACAAUUGUGGGUUUUACUUUGUUUUUUGUUUUGCUUCAGUAUUCCUUCUAGCCUGCUAUCUUGCAUAAUGUGUGAUCAUAUAAAUGAACAAACAUAGUUUGUUUUCUUCAGAUGGGCCUUGUUGCUUGCUGAGAGGUUUAAUGUGAAUUUUAUCUGCUUAGGCUGUUAUAUAAUUUUGUAUAUUAUGAAAGAUAAGUACUAGGCAGACAUCAACACGCUAAAGUAUAGUUUUCGAAUGUGAAACUGAAUCCUCUGACUUAAUGGCUGUGAAUUUGUAAAUCGUGUUUUAUUCUUUUUUUAAGUUAAAUAUAUUAUUUCGAGCUUUUUGUUUGUAAGAUGUUUAUAUAUUUUAUUCCAACAAGGCUCAUGAUGAUUCAUUACAUUGUUAACAUGUAAUGAACAUAUUCUCUGUUUCUUGUAUGAUAAAUUGUUACAAUAUCAA